AUGAACGUGUUAAAUCUUACCGUAGUGGCACUUUGUCUCAUUUCUCCAACGUGCGCUCGUUUUGCAUUCUUCAAGAGAACCGCCAUGGGUCUCGGCAGAGGAGCGUUUAGGUCUGGCCCCGUAAAAACAAAAAGGCAAACCUCGGACCUGCAUCCAAAGUACUCGGGAUUGGAUCGAUACGGUGUGCAUUACUCUACGGAAGAUAGCAGUGACGAGUCAGUAUUGCGUCUUCGCAGCAAAGCAUCGGUUGCGGAAGUAUUGCGCCACCGAUUGAUGGCCUGUGGUCUAAUAACCACGAAGUCUCCGGAACGGCGGAGAGAUCGUCUAAUUUCUGAGCUGGACGAAGUAGUGAUGGAAAUAGAGGAACGGUGUGCCUUGUGCAAAUCCCUCUACGACGAUCCCUAUCGAUACGAGAUAUUGCGAAGUUUAAUCAGUCCUUACCCAGCUUAUUAUCGGAAAAAUGCUAAACGUCGUUUGUUGCUUGCGCUACAAAAUGCUUUGGUGCAAUCAGUUAAUAGUCAGCCAAACGCAAGUGACGCUAAUACGGCCGAUGCAGGCAAUGAUUCGACGUUUGACUUUACAGAUGUUCCAAAAAGUAGAAAAACCAGGAGUACUACCGAAAUGCCCCUCAAACUCGUAACUCAGCCCAGCAGUGCAACAACUCAACCGAUCAGAGCGCAAGAACAUAAACUUAAAAACUCUAUGCCACACCACCAAGUCACGGCUGGUGCGUUUGAAGCUGCACCAAUCGUGAAACAGACGAACAAAUCCGACAACGACGCCUCUCCAGUUCACCUAAUGAAUGGGCAUGCAAUUCGAAAUGUGCACGACUUUUUGCAGCAGUACAUGAAUGAUGUUGUGUACUCAGGUCAACCAGGAGACGAACAGCGGAAGCAGUUUUUUCUUGAACAACUCUGCAGAAAUGUUACCAGCGGAAGAAUCGUGCUUCAG